AUGAUGUGUAUGGCAUUUGUGCUGGAAAUCGAUGAGUUUCAUGCUGUCCUGAAGCUUUCUGACCUUCUCAUCAUUCUGGUCAAGUUUUCCUUCUUUACUUUCAUCUAUGGUAAUAGCUCUGAUUUUAUUUUUCCUAUAUUUUACAGUGGUUUGAACUUCCUUGAUCUGAUGGUGCGCCAGGGGAAUAUUGACAACCCUCCUAAGACACCACUUGUUCCUGGCUUUGAAUGCUCUGGGAUUGUAGAAACUCUUGGAGAUAAUGUGAAAGGAUUUGAGAUUGGAGACAGAGUCAUGGCUUUUGUAAACUACAAUGCAUGGGCUGAAGUUGUAUGUACCCCAGCAGAAUUUGUCUACAAGAUCCCAGAUGACAUGAGUUUUUCUGAAGCUGCUGCUUUUCCUAUGAACUUUGUAACUGCCUACAUGAUGCUCUUUGAAGUUGCUAACCUAAGAGAAGGCAUGUCUGUUCUCGUUCACUCUGCAGGCGGCGGGGUGGGUCAAGCUGUUGCUCAGCUGUGUUCAACUAUUCCCAGCGUUACAGUUUUUGGAACAGCUUCGUCUUUCAAACAUGAAGCUAUCAAAGAUUCAGUAACUCAUCUCUUUGACAGAAAUGCAGACUAUGUUCAGGAAGUAAAAAGAAUCUCACCAGAUGGGGUAGAUAUUGUUUUGGAUUGUUUGUGCGGAGAAAAUACUGGGAAAGGCCUCAGUCUCCUCAAACCACUUGGGACUUACAUUUUAUAUGGUUCAUCUAACAUGGUUACUGGGGAAACAAAAAGCUUCUUCAGUUUUGCGAAAUCAUGGUGGCAGGUUGAGAAGGUAAAUCCUAUCAAGCUGUAUGAGGAGAACAAGGUCAUUGCUGGAUUUUCUCUGUUGAAUCUACUCUUCAAACAGAAUCGAGGUGGCUUGAUCAGGAGUGUAUUGGACAAACUCAUAAAUCUAUACAAUGAUAAGAAGAUCAAGCCUGUGGUUGAUUCUCUAUGGGCCUUGGAAGAGGUGAAGGAGGCCAUGCAGAGAAUCCAUGACCGAGGAAAUAUAGGAAAACUAAUUCUGGAUGUGGAGAAAGCGCCCACUCCCCUGAUGGCCAACGACAGUACAGAGACAAGUGAGGCCGGGGAAGAGGAAGAAGACCAUGAAGGGGACAACGAGAAUAAAGAGCGCAUGCCGUUCAUCCAGUAAGAGCCAGAGGUGGCGCGGAAAAGCGGAAGGAUUGAUCACGUAGAAGGGAACAAGACUGCGAAAUCUAUUCUGUGCAUCAGUGAACAAAUGCUGUAGUACAGUGUGUGUUGUAUUUGUCUGCAGUCAGCUGAGCUAUGAGCUGUUGAUCAUUGUUGUUUUGAACUCAAGUGCCAUUCUCAUCCAGUGCAGUAUUAUGAUAUUCCUGUGUGAUACCCAGUUUCCUUGUAGGAGUCCCAUGGAUUUUUCUGUUCCAACUUAAAAGCCUUAUUGACUUUCUGUGUAAUUUUAGACGGGCAUCUUUCUCAUGCAAAUUCCAACAUUUUGCAUAAAGUUAUUUGGGAUAGGGUGGUUUUUUUUUUUGCAAGUUGACAAUGAUGACAACAACAAAAAGAAUUCCCCAUUUGGUGCCUGGCAGAUUCUAAUACCUGCAGGGAGGAUUUUAAGUUUGGAUUUUCAGUGUUAACGUAGUUUUCCUUUUAUGAACCACAGAUAAAAGUUGCAAAUAAGAUGAGUUUAUUUUCCUCAGUCAUGCUUCCUCAUCUUUUAAACAAUAUUAUCUUCAUUUUCAAAAAUACCUCAUUUGUAGCUGUAGAGUCUGAAAUUGUGCAAGGAAUUGUUAACUGAGGGAAUUUGAUUAGUACUGUAUAAUUACACUAGUCAUCAGCACUCGUAAUUAAACACAUUCAUUCAAAGUGCUAUCUGUCAUGCCUCCCUGCUGAUCUGAGCUAUCACUCCCUAUGCUACAGGGAAAGACAAGUCAGUGAAUCACUUUUUUAGACCCAGAACUUUAAUUGCCUUUAACUAUUACCAUUGUUAUUGACAAUUCAACAACAUCUUCUGCUAAGGACACAUUAAAGUCAGCUGUGUCUGUAAUCCAAAACAACUGUAAAUUCAAUGAUUUUAAAAUCUGAUCAGCAAGAAUCACUCUUCAGAAUGUGGGAAGAAUUUAUUUCGUAGGUGGAGUGCAGAGCUCUGAAAUCACUAAUGGGUUGAUCAACUAUCAAGCUAGAGCUGAAUGACUACAGUGGUUAACCCUUUUAAAAAUUACUUUUAGGCCUUAAUCCCAUCAUAAGUUAUGCAUGGGAAUAGUUUUAUCUAGGUGAGUAGUUCUUUAAAAAGCUCUGCUCCCAUAUGUACAGUUUUACAUGUGUGAUUAUUUGCAAGAUCAGGCAUUCAAAGACCAGCUAGACUAUCUACCUCCCACUAAUGGAAACUGUAUCUUAACAUGA